GUUAACCAUUCUGUUUUUGGCCGGGAAUGUUCCAUGAACGUCUCAGAAUUAAAGUUGUCAGAGGAAAGUUUACCGUAUUUGAAUUCAUCUUUAGAUGCAGAUAUUGAAAUGUAUAAUGAAGAGAGAAUGACAAUUUGCUGUGCAUGUGGAGAUAAAAGUGAGAAAGAAGCUGCUAUGUUGGGAAGGGCAUGCAAUGACAUGCAUUUUAUUUGCAGGGUUAGUGAUGAUUACAAACAAAGUGAUUUAGGUGAAGAUUCACAGCUGGAGUAUGUCAGUGCUGAUGAGCAAGAUGAUUAUGGGAAUAGCUCAAGUGAGUUCUGUAAGCAAAUGAAAACUGCAGGACUCAAAACUUUAAAGUUACUAGAUCCAGCUCAUGAAGUUCCAGGGAAUGGAGUCACAGAGGAGCAAAGUCUUGUUAACCUAUUGGAAGGUUGUUCUCCUACCUGUAAAUAUUGCACAGGUGAUCAGAUCUGCAUGGAAGCAGCUGUGCCAGAACUUCCCCGAGCGCUUCAGGGCCAUCUCUCUCUGUCAGCUUACAAAGAUGUGAGUUGUGAUCAUGAAGAAGAGCAAACAGAGUAUCAUAGCGUUCUUUAUGAAAGUACACUCGAAAGUCAUACUUGCGGGAGUAAAGAAAGGGUUUAUCCAAAUGUGUUUAUACAUGACAGUUUAGCAAAUGAAAAGGUGGAAGACAUUCCUCUGAUUGAUGGCGCACAGUCAACCAAAAUGGCUAUAAAUGAAAAACCGCUAGAAAAGAAUGGUAGACAUAUUCACAGCAUCUCCGUGAAGCAAGAAAAUCCUUCCUUUUCAGCAAGGGAAAGGUUCCCUGCAGUAGCCACGCAACUUUGCAGAAGUGCAGGUGAGACUAAUUCUCACAGAUGUAGUGAACCUGUUGUGUGUGCCCUUUGUACCAGCUGUGUUGACUGCACUCAGAAGGAUGUUGAAACCCAGUGUCCAGUCCCAGAAAUUCACGCUAGAGAGAAUCCCUUGUUUGGGCUGGAAGUUGUAGAUAAACCUUGUGGAAACACCAGCUAUCUGAACCUGGAACUGGAGUGUCAUGCAAACUUGAAUACUGUUACCAGUGACUCUAAAGUUACCGUUAACCAGACUGUUGAUGCAAGUUCUGAUUUUAGAGCUUGCUUUACAACAAGCAGAGCCACCAGUGCCCAGGCUUGUCUGGUAUCCAGGGCGAUUAAUACAAAGAUAACCAUGAUGAACAAAUCCAGACCUGUGGAAUGGCGCCGUGGAAUCUGUGCAGAUGUUGCUUGCAAUACCGACUGGUCAUGUGUAUAUGGUAGUACAGAAGAAAUUUGGUCACAGUUUACUGACCUAUUGGAAAAACAUUUAGAUGGCAAUACUGCAACAGCUGAAAGUUCACAAGUUCAGGAUCCAUGGGAAUCACAAAAUGAGCUGUGUAGCAGUGAUUUAAAGUUAAGCACUGACAGGCCGCUACACCUUGACAAACAAACUGUGAAGGACUCUGCAUCAAGCUGCUGCAGCAAAAUACUGCGGAGAGCUGUUGAAGCCGAACUGCAGAUUCUGAACAUUCAUUAUCGGAUGUGUUGCCAUCACUGCUUGAAGAUUUACAAGCUGAUGAUGGAGGAGGAAAAAUGUUUCAACAGAUGUAAUAAAAAUGGCUUUGCCAGCACUGAAUUGAAUUCAUCUCUCUUGUUGGUUUUGGAAGAGCUAAAAAAGAGCUAUGACGGUAUGAAAAAGAAAAUAGAAAUGGGCAUACCAUUAAACACACUUCCCCGUCUAUCAGUUGAGACAAAGUUGUUCCCAGUCUUUUCUUCUUAUGUCCCGUGCAAGGUGUACAGAGAGGAUAUUUGUUGUGGUUCCACUUCAGGUGUAAGAAAAACAGACUUCGAAGAACCAGAACUGCAAGAAUCGAAAACUUCUGUCAAUGUGGACAAUCAUCAGACAGUACAUUUAACUGAUGGCAGUCAGCCUAGACACUGUGCUGCUUCCAAGACGUUUGAAGACCAGCAUAAAGAUCAGGAUGUGGAAUAUGACUGCAGAAAAAAUGAAGAAGUGAAUGAACAUUGGUUUGAUGCUAAAGAGAACUUGACAGCAACAGAUUUUUCAGUAACAUUUGAUGAAAAGCAACAAGAAAAACAAGACACAGAUGGUUCAAGAGAAGUGAAGAUAAGGGAGAGUGCAAAUGAGUGUUUUUUUAUUCACGUUGGAGGCUUAAGUUCGUCGGUGUCAGAGGGUGAUUUAAGAUCACAUUUCCAGAAGUAUCACGUUUCUAACAUUCUUAUCUGUGCGGAUUCUGCUAACUACAGAGAUGCAUUUCUUUGCUUUAAAGAAGCUAAUAAGGCAAAGUUAGCUGUAGAAGAAAUGAAUAGGAAAGAAAUAAAAGGGAAGACAGUAAGUGUUGAACUUGUAAAAAAUGCGUCAGAGAACAGAUCUUCAGUUUCUCAGAACCUUUUGAAUAAGUUUUGGUAUGAAAUCCAAUCUGUUAAUAACUCUGAAAAAAAUGUUCAAGAUAAAACAUUCACUUCAGCUUCCAAUUCUGUGAAAGCAUCUGCUGCCACCUCUGCUUCUGAGAAGGCGCUUCUCCUUCCCACAACUUCUUCAAAAAUUACUCUUGCGACCCAAGUCCCUUCAAAAACAAACCGCCUUGAUCUGAAAUCAUCUGCUGAAGGCUUAGAACGUUCUUUGGUUGGAGUUAAUCAACAGGAUACUGGAGAGAAUUCUCUGCAGAAAACAUCUGCUCUUUUCUUCCCUGAUCCAUUUGAUACCUUUAUUCCUCCUAAUACAUUGAACUUGAGCAGCUUUACCAAAUUAAUGAAGAAACUUCAAAAAAUUCAUCCAGAGGCUAGUAGGGAGAAAAUUAUAGAUGCUCUGCUGGAGGUGAGAACAAACAAUAAAGGUAUCCUCAGUGGCUUGCCCAUCAAUUCCAUUGUGAAGAGGACCUCUCUGAUUCUAAGGAAAUCCAUGCCCAAGUGUGGAGGGAAAAAGAAAUGCCGGGCUGAGCUCGUCAGAAAGCCUGGCUGCCCGAAGAGCCCCCAAACAAGCACAACCCACCCCGAAGCCGUGGGGAUGGUCGCGGGGCCGAAGGCGCAGCCCCGCAGCAGGGGCUGGGGCCGGGGCCGGGGCGGUCCCGCCCGGGAGGGGCCCCGGCGCCGCCCCCUCCCGCCGCGCUCGGCCGGGCGGCGCCGCUGGGCUGCGGGCGCGCAGGUGGCUGCGCUCGGCCGCGCUGGGGGCCGCGGCUGCGGGCGCAGGAGGCCGCCGGGCGGCGCGGGGCGGCGGCGCGGCCCCGGCGCCCUCCCCAUGGGCUGCGGGCGGCCCGCGGCGCGGCGGAUGGCUCUGCUGCCUCGGCGCUUCCUCUGCUUCGUGCUGGCCCAUCACUUCAUCGUGGCCACGGCGUGCCACGAAGCCGACUACGGGCAGCUGAUGCGCGACUACUGCCUGAGCCAGUUCCAGGCGAGCAUGGAGGCGCUGGGGCCGCGGCUGUGGUGCGACUGGGAGGAGACGCUGGGCACCUACGGCGAGCUCACCAACUGCACGGCGCUGCUGGCCGAGAGGCUGGCCUGCUUCUGGCCCAACCGCCUCGUCGACGAGUUCUUCGUGGCCGUGCACCGGCGCUACUUCGGGGGCUGCCCGCUGUCCGGGCGGGCGCUGCGCGACCCCCCCGCCGCCGUGCUCUGCCCCUUCAUCGCCCUGCCCGUCGUGGGGGCCCUGCUGGCCGCCGCGCUCGUCGUGUGGCGCAGCAAGCGCGGCGAGGGCAUCGUCUAGGGCGGCCGCGCGGGGACGGGGGUCCCGUCCCCCCCCCCCUUUAUAAAGCGCCCCCCCAGUGUCGCUGGGGGAGGGUGAGCGAUGUUGGCGAGAGGCUUUUCCUAAAUAAAUGAGAUCAAAAAUGGA